AUGGGAUGCGAGGGUGGAAGAGAGGAGGAUGGAGAGAGAGAGAAGAGAACGGGAUGGAGAGGGUGGAAGGAGGGAGGAGGGAAUGUGGGAGGGUGCGAGAGAGAAUGGGUGAGAGGGUUGGAAGAGAGGGAUGGGAGGGAGGAUGGGGAAGAGAGCGAGAAGGAAACGGGGAUGGAGAGGGUGGAAGAGAUGGAGGGAGGGAUGGGGGAGAGCGAGAAUGGGGUGGAGAGGGUGGAAGAGAGGGAGGGAGGGAGGGGCGAGAGAGAAUGGGAUGGAGAGGGGGGGGAAGAGGAGGGAGGGAGGGGAGGGAUGGGGAGAGAGGGAGGAGAACGGGGAUGGAGGGGGGGAAGAGAGGGAGGGAUGGGUGGGGAGAGAGAGAAUGGGAUGGAGAGGGGGGAAGAGAGGGAGGGAGGGAUUAGGGAGGGAUGGGGAGAGAGAGAGAACGGGAUGGAGAGGGGGGAAGAGAGGGAGGGAUGGAUGGGGAGAGAGCUCCUCUGCAGUGUGUCUUUUGAGGGCAGAAUGUAGUGCAGGGCUGCUUAGACAAGCUUUAGACUCAGACAGAAGUGUUGUGCGUGUUUUCGAGUGUGUCUUACUGGACGUGUUUAACCAGAAGUCCCCACAAGAAUAGUAAACAAACAAACAUUUGACCAAAUGGAGACAUUGUGUUAGUCCCCACGAGAUCAGAUGCUAUUUCUAGGGGGUUUAGGGUUAAGGUUAGAAUUAGUGUUAGGAUUAGAAUUAUGUUAAGGGUUAGGAGCUAGGGUUAGUGUUGAGGGUUAGGAAUUAGGGUUAGGGUUAAGGUUAGGGAAAAUAGGAUUUUGAAUGGGACUGAAUUGUUUGUUCCCACAAGGUUAGCUGUACAAGACUGUGUGUGUGUUUAUGUGUGUGUACAUGUGUUUUUAUUUGAUUACUUCUUUUGAACUGAAACACAGAGAAGGAUGGCUGCUUUGUGUGGGUGAUUCACAGGGAAAUUUAAACUAUUUGUUGCUUGAAAGCCGCUUUUGAAAUCAAAGACAAAAGCUGGGAAAAGAUGGUUGCUAACAACAGCCGACAGUGCUCCGCCGCCUGCAUAUUUGGAUUAGUCUCUCUCUGCCUCUCUUUCUCUCUCUCACUCUCUCUCUCUCUGUCUCUCUCUCAUCUCUCUCUCAACUUCCUUUCUCUUUUCCAAAAGCGGUGCGUUCGUCUUUCUCCAUCUAGUUUUGUGUUUGAGUGAGUUAUUGUGUCCAAUGUGUGUGCCUUGUGGAUAUGGGAGAAUGACUGUAUUGUGGAAUGGUGAUUUGAGCAUUGAUACAUUGAUCCACCGUGCCUGUAUGGAGAUUCUGUUUGAUAAAGAGAGACAAGCACGGCCUGCUUUGACUCACUGGAAGAACAUAAUGGUUUGAUCACUGGUGGCGUUCAUAAAGUACAUAGGACCAAGAGUUUUUCCUGUUAAAGUCAUUUAAUCAGGAAACACUCCUGGCCAUAAUCCUAGUCAUACAAUAUGCAGAUCCAGUCUUUCACAGAACAUGAUUUAAAAUGUCACCGAUGAAUUGAAUUGAAUUAAUGGAGGUGGAUGCGGGGAUGUGUUUAUUGAACCAGAUAUGCUUCACUCCAGUCAACCUAACUCCACUCCUAACUGAGGGCCAGUGAACGUAUUUGAUGGAUUUUAUCCAGUUACAUCCUACCUAGGGUAACCAACAUAAUUGAAUUGAUAUACUGACAAACUAUGAGUCAGUGGUUUUUGUUAAGAGGUCCUUAAUUUCAAAAGUUUCAUGAAAAGGUGGGAGAGGAAAUGUGAAUGGAAGUAGGACAAAUAGGAAAUUAUGACACUCAAUGUGUUGUCUCAGAGUCGUUAACUAGUCCUUGGCCACAGGGGUGCAAUUAAACGCUUUGGCCACUGCUGUGAAGAACCGCCGAAUCCCCCACCUCUUUAACCUGGGCUUUUUGACAGCCUCUGUCUGAUCAUCUGCAAAUGGGACAUCAGGCUUGUAGUGUUCUGGGAGUUCCAACUUCUGCUCUUGUCCUUGCUCCAAGUAUAUCUGCAGCCUUAUCUUCUUUAAAGGUAAUUUUCAAUAUUCAUCAUCUCCAGCACCACCCCAACAUCAACAUAUGUGAAAAUGGCACGUUUUCUUGUAAAAAAAAAAGAUGAAGGAAGAUAAGUGUUUCCAAUGACAUCAUAAACCAAUUAGUAGGCAAUUAGUAGGCAAUGCCUACUCAUAAUUGGUUAAAAUCACACGAUGCACACCGAAGAUGUAAUUGGAAACACUUAUCUUCCUCUCUUUUUUUCCACAAAACAUAGAAACAUGCCAUUUUCACAUACAGUGAGGGGAAAAAAGUAUUUGAUCCCCUGCUGAUUUUGUAUGUUUGCCCACUGACAAAGACAUGAUCAGUCUAUAAUUUUAGUGGUAGGUUUAUUUGAACAGUGAGAGACAGAAUAACAACAAAAAAAUCCAGAAAAACGCAUGUCGAAAAUGUUAUGAAUUGAUUUGCAUUUUAAUGAGGGAAAUAAGUAUUUGACCCCCUCUCAAUCAGAAAGAUUUCUGGCUCCCAGGUGUCUUUUAUACAGGUAACGAGCUGAGAUUAGGAGCACACUCUUAAAGGGAGUGCCCCUAAUCUCAGCUUGUUACCUGUAUAAAAGACACCUGUCCACAGAAGCAAUCAAUCAAUCAGAUUCCAAACUCUCCACCAUGGCCAAGACCAAAGAGCUCUCCAAGGAUGUCAGGGACAAGAUUGUAGACCUACACAAGGCUGGAAUGGGCUACAAGACCAUCGCCAAGCAGCUUGAUGAGAAGGUGACAACAGUUGGUGCGAUUAUUCGAAAAUGGAAGAAACACAAAAGACCUGUCAAUCUCCUUCGGCCUGGGGCUCCAUGCAAGAUCUCACCUCGUGGAGUUGAAAUGAUCAUGAGAACAGUGAGGAAUCAGCCCAGAACUACACGGGAGGAUCUUGUCAAUGAUCUCAAGGCAGCUGGGACCAUAGUCACCAAGAAAACAAUUGGUAACACACUACGCCGUGAAGGACUGAAAUCCUGCAGCGCCUGCAAGGUCCCCCUGCUCAAAAAAGCACAUGUACAGGCCCGUCUGAAGUUUGCCAAUGAACAUCUGAAUGAUUCAGAGGAGAACUGGGUGAAAGUGUUGUGGUCAGAUGAGACCAAAAUCGAGCUCUUUGCCAUCAACUCAACUCGCCGUGUUUGGAGGAGGAGGAAUGCUGCCUAUGACCCCAAGAACACCAUCCCCACCGUCAAACAUGGAGGUGGAAACAUUAUACUUUGGGGGUGUUUUUCUGCUAAGGGGACAGGAUAACUUCACCGCAUUAAAGGGACGAUGGACGGGGCCAUGUACCGUCAAAUCUUGGGUGAGAACCUCCUUCCCUCAGCCAGGGCAUUGAAAAUGGGUCAUGGAUGGGUAUUCCAGCAUGACAAUGACCCAAAACACACGGCCAAGGCAACAAAGGAGUGGCUCAAGAAGAAGCACAUUAAGGUCCUGGAGUGGCCUAGCCAGUCUCCAGACCUUAAUCCCAUAGAAAAUCUGUGGAGGGAGCUGAAGGUUCGAGUUGCCAAACGUCAGCCUCGAAACCUUAAUGACUUGAAGAAGAUCUGCAAAGAGGAGUGGAACAAAAUCCCUCCUGAGAUGUGUGCAAACCUGGUGGCCAAUUGCAAGAAAUGUCUGACCUCUGUGAUUGCCAACAAGGGUUUUGCCACCAAGUACUAAGUCAUGUUUUGCAGAGGGGUGAAAUACUUAUUUCCCUCAUUAAAAUGCAAAUCAAUUUAUAACAUUUUUGACAUGCAUUUUUCUGGAUUUUUUUGUUGUUAUUCUGUCUCUCACUGUUCAAAUAAACCUACCAUUAAAAUUAUAGACUGAUCAUGUCUUUGUCAGUGGGCAAACGUACAAAAUCAGCAGGGGAUCAAAUACUUUUUUCCCUCACUGUAUGUUGAUGUUGGGGUGGUGCUUGUGAUGAUGAAUAUUAAAUAUCCCUUUCUUUAACUAAUCAGAUGGACUGAAGCUCCUAACAUAGUCCUCUGACUACAGGUCUUGGUGUCUCAAAGCCUCAAGAAGGUGUCUGGACCCAAGUUCUUCUUUAAAGGAAAGUCCAUGAGUACUCUCCCUUCUGAUCUCUUCCGUCACUUCUUUUACAAAACUGAGCCGGUGUUCCAUGCCAAACCUGCCAAACUACCAUGUUGGAAUAUGAACAAGAAGACCCUGCUCCUCUGAUAGGCAUCUACAUCAUUCCUCAUGGAGCUGACAAUUUGUCUACAUCUGUGAGAUGGAGCCAACCAUGCCGUUAUGUAGAUCUGUGAGAUGGUUCUUCCCCGCUGCAAAAUGCCAUGUGUCCCUGAACACCUUUUUCAGGGUCAGCUGGAUGAUGCAGAGGGUUGGGUUCUCAUGCUGAACUUCGAUCUUUUUGAAGGAUGCCACUUCUCUCUUGAGUGGAAGUGUGAAUACCGGCCAGUCCAUGUUGGUGUUUGGGAACCCCUCUAGAGUCCACUCUGGGGCCUUAGGGGGCUUCUGUUACUCCUUGAGGUUCUCUUGCUCCUUGGGCUUCUCUUGCUCCUUGGGCUUAUCUCCAUGGAGGCCUUGACGUUUGACCUCUGAUGUUACUCCAGAAUGGUAACAAUCUUUCCUGGAUUUCAGAUCCUCAUACCUCUUUAAGAGACCUGGUCCUCCACAGCUAAUCAGCCACUGUCUUAGUUGAGGCAGAGUGAUCUUCUCAGGGGUGGACAUAUGUUUUAGGAUCAUAUUCCGCUCCUCAAGAUAGGCUUCCCAGUCCCAGGCGAGGUACGGUCGACAGUCGCCACUAUCCAUCUUCUGAAAAUGUCUCUGUUAUGAAGAGUGAACUUUUUUCAGGAUUUCUUUUUUCUUGGCUGGAAAUGGCACUUGGGUUGUCUGUCCAGUAAAGGAUGACGAUAGAUACUAAAGGCAUUGUGCUAUUUCUCUGAAAAGUGGAACACUUGGAAUGGUACACAUUCCACUAUUUCUAUGGUUACACAUUGUGACCAUUUAUUGUAACCAUAGAAAAAUAAUCAUUCUAAUUCUAUGAUUAUUACAAGCGAGUUAUGACCCUUUGUGAUGUGUACAGUAGGCCACAUCUUUUUUGCUGUUAAAUCAUGCCAGUAUGUAAACUGGCCUUUGUUUUCAGGUGAAGAGAUCAUAUUGUAAGAUCAUUCUUAUGGUUUAGGUUAUUUAGUUAUUUCUAUAAGAAAGGAAACAAAAAAAUCAAGGUCCGGCAGGGAUGUAGCUCAGUUGGUAGAGCAUGGCGUUUGCAACGCCAGGGUUGUGGGUUCGAUUCCCACGGGGGGCCAGUAUGAAAAAAAAUAAUGUAUGCACUCACUAACUGUAAGUUGCUCUGGAUAAGAGCGUCUGCUAAAUGAGUAAAAUGUAAAUGUUCUCUUACCCUCUUUCCCCCCCCCCCCCUUCUGUCUCUCUGGAUACUGUCACUGUUCUCUGACUGGCUGUUGUGACAGAGCCGUCUCUUGAGUUGUCAGCCUCUGCUAAAGCUGAGUUUAAUUACUCCUUUUCAGCGGCACGAAACACACACAGCAUGCCACAUUGUUCUCGCAGUAAUUGUCAAAAAUGCACAGUGAUUGAAGUCUCCAUCAACCGUGCUAUCUGACAAACGGCGAUGCAUCUCACAUCUCGUAGACAAAGAAGACCCCCAGAUUUGUCAGGGUUUUCACAAGGUUUUUUCAUAAAUCCUUUGAAAACAUUAGGAGAUAUGUAGAUGUGUGUGUUGGCCUGUCACAGUGUUUGACAGGCAGCACGGAUCGAUGGACUGUCCCCACUGUGCCCAUCUCUGAAUAGCCAAUUAAAGAGGAGGAGGAGGAGUUACAGUACACCAUUAUUGACUGAGUUUGGAUGAAGGGUCCAUUCUAUGAUAAACAUGCGCUAGCAAUGGCUCAUGUGGAAAAUAGUUAUUCAGAUAGAAUAUGUUUGUUAUUUACUAUAGUCCUAAAAUCCUUUUAUGUAUUAUAUUCCUAAAAUCAAAAAAAGUACUAUAUUCUAAAUAAUGAAAUAACUGUAUUGAAGGUUGCGUAAAAUAUUUACUUUCCUAUUCCUUUUGUUACCUGUGAUUAAUAGAACUGUGACUGUCAGAUGAGAGAUGUCUUUGUGAGAACGAACAAAACAAAUACGAUUGUUGACACUAUUGCAACUAAGAAUGAUGUAUCGGAGCUACUAAGACCCAUGACAGAUGAAACAAAAAUAAAGACAUUUCAAUUAAAUUAUAUUUUUCCAUUGGAUUGCUGUACUCUGUUGCACCUGUGGAAGUUUGUUGAAUGGGUGUGGACUACUUUUGAACUGAUGGUCCCAUUUCUCCUUUCUCCCCUCUCCCUCCCAGGAACCUUGCCCUACGACAUAAAGAUAGUGAUUGCGGGAAACCAUGAGUUGACCUUUGACCAGGAGUUCAUGGCUGACCUGAUCAAGCAGGACUUCUACUACUUCCCAUCGGCCACCAAGCUGAAGCCAGAGAACUACGAGAAUGUCCAGUCCCUGCUCACCAACUGUAUCUACCUGCAGGACUCAGAGGUCACCGUACGCGGCUUCCGCAUCUACGGCUCCCCCUGGUGGGUGACUCUGUAACUGCAGUAUACCUAAUAGUGCAAACCACUGCUACUUUAUCUACUCUAUUUCUAUCUAUCAAUCUUCUCUCACAACCACUUUGUCCUUCCUCUCCACUUACUUUCCUGUCAGUCAUUCACUCACACUCCCCUCCAUACACUUCCUCCCAUGCUCCUUUUUUUUCAUGGCUACCUCUCUAGCUAUGGUUUCUUUCUCCCUGCCUCCCUCCCUCUCUCCUCUCCUGUUGUCUCUCCCUGGUCAGUGCCAUGCUGUUCCUGUGUUUCUCCAGUGGUGUGUGUGUGUGUGUGUGGUGCUGGUUUACCAAUGCUCCAUGAUGCAGUAUGUGUUUUUGGUGAGGGGCCCCAGAGGUAGUGUGUAGGCACUGGAGGGGUGUGCGUGUGGGGCCCCCUGUGCUAGGUAAUUGGUUUGCUGAGAUAUUGGGGUCCCUUGAGUUAGAGGAAUAGCCGCUAUGGAGUGAUGCCUCAGGUGUGUUGAAAGAGCGAGAAGGGAGAGAGAGAGAUGAAGACGGAGGGAUGGGGAGAGCGAGAGAGUGAGUGAAUGAGAAACGCAGUGGGAGAGAACUGAAGACAGAGGGUGUAAGAGGAAGAAUGGUGUACACGUCUUCAAUUCAGUAACACCGGCUGGGCUUGGCUAGUGCAGUAGGCCUGCUACAGAAAGCAGAUGAAAUUAUGUGUGUGUGUGUGUGUGUGUGUGUUAGCGUGCCUGUGUGUGUGUGUGUGGUGCCUGUGUGUGUGUGUGUGUGUUGCAGCAGCCCGAGGCUCUGUUCCUCCAGCACAGAGGGACUCCAGCUGGAGACUCCGUGUGUUCCCCUCUCCACACUGUCUGCUCCCUCUAUCUCUUUACCUCUCCUCACCCACCCCCCCUCUCCCUCAAUCCACCUGUCUGUCCGUGCGCUCCACAUGUCGCUGGCUCGGCAGUGGGAGCGCGGGGGAACGAGGAUGUCUCUUUCUCUCUCUAAUCUCUGUAAGGAGCAGUGGGACAGCGCCUGCUUUACCCUCUCCAGUCCCGUCUCCAUGGUGAUGCCAGGCUGGCACUGCUUUAUGGCCCGUGGCCGGCCUGUACUGUAGCCUCGGGGUGGUGGGAGGAGAGAAGCCUCUCUGUCUGUCUGUCUGUUUGUCUGUCUGUAGGUCUGUGUCUCCUGCCCUGACGAGUCGUCUCGCCUGAAUUAACUGUAACCGCACAGUCAUUCUCCCCUCUGUUCCGCUCUCACCCUCCCUCUAUCGCCCUUCUUCCCCUUAUCUCUCCCACUUCCUGUCUCAUUUCCUAAAUUUUUCUCCCUCAAUCCCCUCAGCCAUUACUAUUCCACAAAGCCAUGCCCCAAGCCCAUACCUCUCCUUCUCCCAUCCCUCCAUCCAUCUUUACUUCUGUUCUGUCAUCCUUCAAUCACUCCUUCUCUCUUCUAUCCCUCCAUCCAUCCCUCUCUCCUCACGGGGGUCUGAUGGCGUGUUGCUCGCAGCAUGAUGCUAUCUUGUCCGUCCCAAGUCUCCGACACACACACACACACACACACACACACACACACACACACACACACACAGCUCCACAAUCACUAUCCCUACCCCCCAGUCUCCAGCCAAAAUUAGAUCCGAGCAUGCUGCAUCCUACCCAAAUCCUAACAAUUUGUCAUUCUCUGAAAUGUGAAAUCAAAAGGACAGCAUGGGGGAGCAGUUGUGUGUGUGUGUAAUGCAAGUUUACAAGUCAUUUUUCAUGGGCGUAUCGCAAAGCCACCCCGCGUCUCGGAGCUAAAGGGACGGGGAGGCACAACGGAAGAUAUGUGUGUGUGUGUGUGUGUAAGAGUGUGAUGGAGGCAGAACGGAAGAGCUCCAAACCAUAGUCUAACAGUAGCGUGGGAGGCAUGGGAAUUAGCCACAGUAGUCAUCUUUUCAAAGCUCAAAGCCCAAACGAGGCAGAGAAAGACACAGCGGAACGAGGGAAAAGGGGAGAAGGAGGAGUAAAGUUGAGAAAGUGGAACGAGUGAGGGGUGGAGGAGAGUUUUAAUGUAGACCUGCUCAACUCUGUUCACGGUGUGUGUUUGGGAUUUUAGGCCUUUGAGUGUGUCUGAGAGGGCAGAGGUGGCAGCAUUAGUCAUAGUGUAGUCUACAGCUUUGUGUGUGUGUCGGAGUAUAUGAGGUCUCGGCACACAUGUUUUGUUUUACACGGGGGAGCGAGAGCUCCUCGCUUCACUGCAGACUUCCAAUGUAGCUAAUCACAUGGCUAAUUAAGGAGAUCAUAACACUGUUGUGUGUGUGUGUGUGUUUGUGUGUGCAUGCCCUGCUGGUAUCCAAGAAGUGAACUAUAAUUGAUGUAGCCUGUUUAAAUGAUUAGCAGAGACUGUGUGGGCCAGAUUCAAAUCAUUGUAAACCAAUCCCUUAAACAAUUAAUUUCAUUGUGAUUAAGUGGUGGUCUCCACACCAAUGAUUCAAUUCAACACGACUGUGUUGUCCUCACCUUGCUCAUGGACUGAACAAUGAAUGAUCACCUUGUAGUUAAACAUGUUCUUUCUACAGCUUUAG